UGCUUCCUUCAAGGUUAUUUACAGCACUUAAAUAUGGCAACAGAUUAUCGCUAAUCAUACCUACACUGCGCACAAUGCCUUUCCAUAUUGGCGACAAAAGCGGUCAUUUCGAUGCCAACCAAAACAGAUUCAAUCUUCAAGAUCCAGGUUUCGGACCAAGUGAAGGUGUUUACAAUAAUCGCAUGGACCCUCGAUAUGGCAAUAUGAAUCCAAACUAUUACGGUGGGGUGCCUGGAACAUUUGGAGGAAAUGGGAUGUACGGACAGGACAUCUAUAAUCAGCAACCAGGCUCUCAAGCCUGGAAUGCGGGAAGACGACAUUUAAAUGGCUCGGAUUCGGAUGACUCUGACAUUGAUAAACGCAAUUUCAGAGGUUCAGGACCGGGUUGGAAGUACGUUCGAUCAUUAAUUUUACCUGUGUAACUUUUUUUGAGCCAUAAAAUGUAUUGAUAGUUUCUUAGGAUUCACACUAAUCAGAAUAUACACAAAACAAAAGGGUAUUUCACAAAAGAUUAUUCACAGCUCAUCUUGAAAAGUUAAAUACUUGAAUCACUUGGUCAUCUUAUGUUGGCAGAAAAAAUAUUAGAGGCUAAGAGUCUAUGAAAAAUACUUAGUUCGUAGUUUUAGACCUUGAGUUAGUCAUCAACAACGACUCGAUAGCCAGCUUUCCUUAACAGCUUGGUUUCUCUUGCUUAAGGCUGUAUUUAUUCGAACGGCUGAAGUGCAACAACAGGAUUUGUAUCAGUUCACGUUUAAAGUGAAACAUUCGCAAUUCUUGAUCGUGUUAACCCUCAACCAAAAAAGUGCUUAUGACAGUUGUUUUGAAGUAAUUAUGAUACUUUUUAGUGUAUUCCCCUUAAAUGUACAUAUUAUUUUAAUGCUGACAUUUCCAACACUGAAAUGCAUUGAUCACUAAUUAGUAUCCCUUUGUUUUUAUUUUAUUUAAGAAGAGAAUUCGCGAAAUGUUCACUAUUUUUGUCGUUGAUAAAUAUUGCAUUCAUACUGCUUUCUUUGUUAAACCGGGUUCUCAUCUUCCUGAUAAACCGAUGUAACUGAUCUCAACAAAACCUACUAUGAAUUGUAAAAUGACUUACGUUUUUCAAUCUUAUUGUAACAUCGACUAAAUAUGUGUCAGUUUUGUCAGCGAUACGAAUAAAAUCAAUCAUUUUCGGCCAGUGCUCAAGAAAUUAAGAUGUACUUUAUCUGCUUGAACCACUAUAUCUUGUUAUGAAUACUUGACCUGUAGUUUAUUAAUGAUGCUUCGCGUUGAUUGAUGAUGCCUGGUGUUUUUGUGAGUGGCUAAUUUGUUUUUCUGUAACAACAAAUGGAGAAAUAAUAUCACUUAACUAAUUGCUCGAGUAACACAGAUACAUACAUCAAAAACAUAAAAACCUUAAAUACAAAGGUUAAAACAGUUAUUUCGUUAAAUAAACCUUUUGUGAGUGAUGAAUCAGUCAUGGCAAAGUCGUGUGCCUAAGCAUGACAAUAUCAAUGUCAAUAGUAACUGUUACUUUACCAAAAUAAUUGUGGCUUCAUGGUUUGGAGUAAACAACGCUAAUGUCUAUAAUGCAUGUAAAAUGUUUCCUUUAUUUUGUAAAAUAGUCAGGGACGACAUGGUUCACAUUCAAAUCGACGUGGUCACUCUAGCGAUCGUGGUUCAAGUUCAGAGUAAGUAAGGCAUUUUUAUCACAAACAAAGGAAUUCGGUAUUGGUCCAUCUGUCUGUUGUUGUAUGGGUUUUGUAAAACAUAUUUUACCAUACAUGUUUAGGUACAUACAUUUCUAAUCCCACGACAUUUCAUAAAUCUUGAAGUAGUUUUUCAGCGGUUAAAAAAACACUAAUUUAGGUCAGUUAUCGAGUAAGCAGUUGUUUAGUAUGAAUAACUCGAUCAUAAUCACACCUUUACACACAUGAUACAACCAAUUUUGUAAAAUCGUUACACUAAUAAGGGGAGUAUAAAAUUCAGUUUUUUUUAGUACGGACAGAUUUAAAGAAACAUCAGUCACUAUUAAUUAGCUCUAGAAAGUGUACAACCAGAAAUUACUUCUGCAAAGACUAGAGGACAAUAGCAGCUAUCUAGAAGAUUGUUACAUUUACAUUUUAUAUGCUUUUAAACGAUCUUAUGAUGGUGCAAAGUACUAGAAAUUUCUGAAGUACAAGAUGAGUUUAUAUUUCGCAAGUUUUCCGUUUCAACACUUGCUAGUCUACAGAACAGGCACAUUAAAACGUCAAAAAAUGACUAUUAUUGGCGAAAAACAUUUUCUUUUUGAAUACAUCACAUUCCAAAACUGUAAGAUCGCAUAUAUAGGUGAGUUUUUUAUGUAGUAGUUUGUCGUAAAAUAGUAGAGUUUUACAAAAUGAUCAAAGACAUUAAAACUCGUUCAAAUGAAGGUCAAUGAAAAUGUAGUAAUGUUUCAUAGUGUGGUUAAGAUUAUCAAAGCAUUUUAAGUGUUGAGUAUAAUAAUUCAUAAGUAGAAGUAUGUUGCCUAAAUGCAAUUAAAGUUUUCGAGUAUAAAAAAUAAUGUGGUUGCAUCAUUCGGCAAAGCAAUUAAAAACCAUCAAGAUCUUACGCUAAGUAAUAGUUUCGGAAGUAGUAGAAGUUAAUUAUCCAUGAGAUGGAAGAUAAAGAUGGUUGUCUACUUAAUGAACGAAGAGAUGAAAAAGGUAAUAAAAAGCUAUUAUAAUUUGUAAAACUUGAAGGGAUACCAAGACCAUGGGAGAAUAAGAAACAGAAUGGGCUCCUUCUGUGCAUAGAGUUUGAGUUUGAAAUGGUGAAUUGGUGUUGGCUCGAUUGUAUCGAAAUUGCUCAUCCAAACCUUUUUCAGCUAGUUCUCCUUAAUUUGUGGAGGAUUUUGAACAAAGAUUCAUGUAGUAUAGUAUUAGUUGAAUAAAGCCAUUAAUAAUAAUAAUAAGCACGUGUUCAAGAACUGAGCUUUUGAUCGAUUAAUAUUUCCAUUUAGAUAACUCUGCGUGGUGGCGCUUGGAUAAUGGUUUACCAAGUGUGUUAUUUGUAAGGCCGGUAUAAAUCGUUCCACAAAAGCAAGUAAACUGGUUGAAUCACAUUGUAAGGGUUCAGUAAUUGUCAUCACUCGAUUAUGUUCACAACAGAAGCUUAGUCUUUUAAUAUGUUGAAAUUUGAUAGAUUCAGCUGACAUCAAGUUAGAUUUGAAUUCAAUAACAUUGUGGAAUUAUUUUAAAAACAUAACAAACUUGUGUCAUGGUAUUAUUGUGUUUAACAAAAUGUUGCUUCUGGAAUAGCCUGGAUUAGCGUCUGAAUUAAUAAUAGGGAUUGAAGUAGUUGAGUGUUUUGGUCGUUUCAUCUAUCUCGGGAGCCUUGUCUGCUCUUUUGGGUUGGUGUCGAGCGAAAUCUUGAUUCAAAUUCAGAAAGCUUAAUUAUAUUCUGUCUGCUAAUCAAAGGAUGGGUUUACAGCAUAGAAUUUUACUCUGUUCUACUAUAAGGCUAUAAAAUAUGGUUAAUAAAAAUAGAGGAUAUUUAUAAGUCUUCAGUAUUCGUUUAUUUUAGAAUCCUGGAGUCGAUAAUUAGUUGGACAGGAAUAGGGUACCCGGUAAAGAUGACAAAUUGGUUAGUGAGGAAGUACAUCUUCAUUAACCGGGCAGUGUAAGACAUGUGUGACGUAUGCUCAGUCACCGCUUAUCUCGUUGGGCGGUUUUGCCUGAUGUGAGAGUAGUUAGUAAGGAAGCUAGUGGUAGCCCAGUCAAAACAGGACAUCAUUCCAUGAAGCCAUUGACAAAUGAACUGACACAUGGUAAUGGAUGCAGACUAAUUGACUGGGAUCCAGGAGAUCAUCGUAACAAAUGGUUAGAGACUUUGAAUAACAUAGUUCAACACUGUUUAUAAUGACAUAGGUAGGUUCACUCUUUGCCUUUUCUUAUAUUCUAAGUCCAUAAACUUUUUAGCCUUUUUAUUUUACUAAUUUAUAACUUCUUGAAUCGUAUCUUCGAUACUUAUUUCUUUAUUACAACUGAUAUUACUACUUCCUGUGCUGGUCUGUGAUUUGCCUUGACCUAUUCACUACGCUGUGUUAGCUGUGGCAACUUGAACCGAUGUACAUAAGUACCGAGUUCUACGUUGCGUAUGACUAAUUGAUAUGUUGAUGUUUAACUAGGAAAUUGUACAACUGUUUAAGGGAUACUGAAUUAGAGGAAUAAUGGUACUCAAUGAUCAAACAGACAAGUAAUAACAGGGUAGUUUUUUAACAAGUAAACUAUAUUUUUCUCAAUAAAUCAAAGUUGACCUACUUUCUUUUACCAGUGAAGGAAGGCGUAACAGACAUUGGCGCUAGAGAAAUUUUGUCAAUGUUUAUCUGGUUCGUGUUCUUUCUGAACAUUUAUCACUAUUGAUUUUUGAUAUUACCUUUUAUUCAAAGAAAGCUAUAAAAUGAAUGAAAUACAAUUAGAAUGUGCUUAUUCGAUAUUUACUUACGUUUUGGUUGAUUUGUUUUUUUUUAUAUUGUGAAAUACAUUUUCUAUAUUCGUCUUCUG